AUGGACACUAAAACAAAUCUUGUUUUCAACUUUAUUCUUUGGCAGUUGCCUUUACUUCUGUUACUAUCAUGUCAUUACUUGAACUUGGCUUAUGCUGCAGGUGGCAAGUGGGACCUACUUAUGUCCAACAUUGGCAUUUCCGCCAUGCACAUGCAACUCCUCAACAACGAUAGAGUCAUCAUUUACGAUCGUACUGACUUUGGUGCAUCCAACAUCUCGUUGCCUGAUGGCAAAUGUCGUAACAAUCCUAAGGAGCUUGUCUUGAAAGUUGAUUGUACUGCCCACUCUGUAGAAUACGACGUGUCCAUCAAUACAGUACGACCUCUCAUGGUCCAGACCGAUGUGUGGUGCUCCUCUAGCUCUGCCACAUCGGAUGGUUCUUUGGUCCAAACUGGUGGCUUCAAUGACGGUAAAUUUAUGGUGAGAACUUUUAACCCCUGCAACACUUGUGACUGGCAAGAAAUGGGAGAUCGCCUAAUUCAAAGUCGAUGGUAUUCCACCAAUCAUAUUCUUCCUGAUGGAAGACAAAUUAUCAUAGGAGGCCGUGAUGCUUUUAACUACGAGUUUUACCCCAAAACUGCUUCAACCAACAACAUAUUUAGUCUACCUUUCCUUCAACAAACUAAUGUUCCUAGAGAGGAAAACAAUUUAUACCCAUUUGUUUUUCUAAAUGUUGAUGGACAUUUAUUCAUUUUCACCAACGAUCGAGCUAUCUUGCUCGAUUACACGACAAAUACGAUAGUGAAAAUGUUUCCACAAAUACCCGGUGGUGACCCGAGAAAUUAUCCAAGUACUGGUUCUGCAGUUCUUCUUCCCUUAAAGAACUUGCGCUCACAGACGGUUCAAGCUGAGGUUUUGGUGUGUGGUGGAGCACCAAAAGGCUCAUACUUGAGAGCAACAAAAGGAGACUAUGUGGGUGCGUUAAAUACUUGCGGGCGGAUUACAAUUACCGACCCGAAUCCACAAUGGACCAUGGAGACCAUGCCACUGGCUCGAACAAUGGGUGAUAUGGUAAUUUUACCAAAUGGCAACGUCUUGAUCGUCAAUGGAGCUGCAUCAGGUACUGCUGGAUGGCGAAUUGCAAGGAACCCGAUUUUGAGUCCGGUGAUUUACCGACCCGAUAACCCAUCUGAUUCUAGAUUCGACGUACAGAACCCAAAUGCCAUACCUAGAAUGUACCACUCAACAACGGUUCUACUUCGAGAUGGUCGGGUUCUUGUUGGCGGUAGCAAUCCAAAUGAGCUUUACAACUUCACCGGAGUAAUUUUUCCAACGGAGUUAAGCUUAGAGGCAUUUUCACCCUCCUAUUUGGAUGUGGAAUUUGCUAAUUUGCGACCGCAAAUCAUUUUUCCUGCUUCACAUCUUAAAUUCACAUAUGGGCAACGUGUUGACAUUCAAUUUACUGCUUCAGAAUUACUAAAUCGAGAUUUGAUCAAAGUGACUAUGAUUGCACCGGGUUUUAAUACACAUUCGAAUACGAUGAAUCAAAGAAUGUUGGUACUUCCAAGAGGACUUGUAAGACAAGUCGGACGAUUUGUGUAUGAAUUGAGUUGUGUAUUUCCAAAUUCGGGUAAAUUAGCACCAACCGGUUACUAUCUUCUAUUUGUGGUUCAUCAGGACAUACCAAGCCAGGGAAUUUGGGUCCGGGUCAACUAACCACAUUUGACGCUACAAAAUUAUUUUCAGAAUUUUCUUUUACUUUCAACUAAUUGUAUGUGUACGAGAAGACCUGUUUUUAUAUUUUUAUAAUAAUG